AUGGCCGACCGUCAGCCCGGCCUACGGCGGCCGGGCGGCGCCGCCGCCGUCUUCGAACGGCUCCGGCAGCGCCCCCUCAACUCUUCCCAGAUUCUCGGGUUCCUCACGCUGGCGGUGUCCGGGGGAAUCCUCCUCCUCCUGACGGGGUUGACCCUGACGGCCGCCGUCGUGGGCCUCAUCUUCUUCUCCCCACUCCUGCUCCUCUCCAGCCCUCUUUGGGUCCCAGUGGCGGCGCUGACCUUCACGGCGGCGGCGCUGCUUCUGUUGACGUGCGGCUCCGGCGUGGCGACGCUGGCGGCGGCGUCGUGGGCUUACAAGUACAUGAAGGGGGGGCGGCCGCCCGGGUCGGAGAGGAUUGACUUUGCCCGCAGCCGCAUCGCCGACACCGCCGGGCACGUGAAGGAGUACGCCAGGGAGCACUACGGCGGCUACCUGCGUGGCCGCGUCAAAGACGCCGCCCCUGGGGCUUGA